GACGCCAACGGCAACGAUCGCUCAUCAGGUCGGAAGGGAGACGUGGUUGUGGCCMAGGACGGGAGCGGGAACUUCCGUACGGUGCAGGCCGCCAUCAAUGCUGCCCCAGUGAAGAGCACGAAGAGGUCGUGAUCUUCAUCAAGCCCGGRCGSUACACGGAGAAGGUAACCGUUCCUUCGAACAAGCCGUUCAUCACGCUGCGGGGUUCAGGUCCAUACCGGACGGUGAUCAGCUGGGGCGACCGGGCGUCGACCUUGCUGAAGACGACCAAGAAGCCGAUGGGCACGUUUCUGUCGGCGUCUGUGGGAGUGAACGCGGACUACUUCACUGCAGAGGACAUUACCUUCCAGAACCAUGCCUCGCGGCCGCGACCCAACUCGUUCACGGAACAGGCGGUGGCUUUCCGGAUCACGGGUGAUUUCGCCGCCUUUCACAACGUGCGCUUCUACGGCUACCAGGACACGCUGUACUGCCACCGUGGGAGGCAUCUGUUCAAGAACGUGUACGUGCGCGGCAGCGUGGACUUCAUCUUCGGCAACGGCAGGUCGAUGUUCCUGGACUCGCUGCUGUUCGCCGACGUGACGAAGACGGGCGGCGCCCUCACCGCUCAGAAGAGGGAUUCGACCAAGGAGCCCACCGGCUUCGUCUUCAUCCGGUGCAAGGUGCAGGGGACCGGGCAGGUCUACUUGGGCCGUGCUUGGGGCCGUGCCGCCCGCACCAUCUUCGCGUACACGUACAUGGACAACGUGAUUCUCCCCGUGGGAUGGAACGACUGGUUCGACCCGACCAGGCAGGAGACCAUCUUSUACGCCGAGUACAGGUGCUCUGGCCCUGGAGCUCGCAGGGGUCAGCGCGCCAGAUGGUCCUUCGGCCUCACUGACAAGCAGGUGCAGCCGUUCCUGUCCACAAACUUCAUUGAUGGCAAGAAGUGGCUCGGGAAAACCGGAAUCCCCGGGCUCCGCGAUCUCGGCACGAAGCAGUCCGGCACCAUGCCCACGAACGCGCCGCCACCUCCACAGGACCCAAAGCGACUCAGGCUCUUCAUGUAGGUWCCCGGGGCAUCACCAUGCUUUGGCUCUCAUCUCCGACCUUCCCUUUCUAUUCUCUGCUUCUCCCUAUUGGUUUUCCCGAUUC